CAGCGUGGAUGGACGACCAUCUGUCUCGGCGGCUCCGCUCACAACAAAGAAGGACCCAGGAUGGUGUUAGUGCACGUCGGAUAUCUGGUUCUCCCGGUCUUCGGCUCAGUUAGAAACAGAGGAGCACAGUUCAGCAGGCAUCAGCACAGCCAUGCUACCUCCUGCCGACACUUUCACCUGGGCGGCCCUCAGGCGCCCAUCUCGGCUGAGUUCCCUCUCGGACCCGGCGGCCAGCCCCCACAGACGGGCCUGGCCGCCCACCUGCCCCCGGGCCCCGCACACCACCCGACCCUCACCGCACUGCCCGCACCCCCACAGUUUCAGGAUGUGCCGGGGGCCUCAUUCCUACCUCAGGCUUUACACCAGCAGUACCUCAUCCAGCAGCAGCUGCUUGAAGCGCAGCACCGCAGGAUCCUGCCGCACACCAGAAGAACCCAGGACCGUAUUCCCCUGAACCACCAUCGACUGCGUCCAGGCUAUGAGUACUCACCUCCCCUCCACGCUCCCCAGCCAAUGACACAACAGCCGCGGUACUUAGCCGAAGGCACGGACUGGGAUCUCAGUGUAGACACCGGCCUCCCCCAUCAGUACCAGCUCCAGCAGCUCCCGCAGCACUAUCAGCAUUACCUGGCCUCCCCUCGGAUGCACCACUUCCCCAGGAACAACUCAUCCACACAAGUGGUUGUGCAUGAAAUCAGAAACUACCCGUACCCCCAGCUGCAUCUGUUGGCCCUACAAAGCCUGAAUCCUUCCAGGCACGCCACUGCUGUGCGAGAAAGUUAUGAGGAGCUGUUGCAGCUGGAGGACCGACUGGGCAGCGUCAGCAGAGGAGCAGUGCAGACAACAAUAGAGAGGUUCACCUUCCCACACAAAUACAAGAAGAGAAAGCCUCUGCAGCUGAAGAUUGGAGAGGGGGAGGAAACAGACGUGGAUGAGAAGUGUACUAUCUGUUUGUCAAUGCUGGAGGAUGAAGAGGAUGUCAGGAGAUUGCCCUGCAUGCACCUCUUCCACCAGGGUUGCGUGGACCAAUGGCUGGCCACCAGCAGGAAGUGUCCAAUCUGUCGGGUUGACAUCGAAACACAGCUGCACCCUGACAGCUGAUGAGAUUCCACUCCUCGUGGUUCAUGCACACUCGUGUGGUUCUUUUUUUUUUCUUUCUUUUCUUCUUCUUUAACCCAGUCACCCUCCUCCCUCUCCUCCCAUGUUGGGUGCUUUGCCAAAUGUCUCCAGACGCCAUGUGACAUCACAACCCUAUCUGACUCACGCUUUACUGAGCCAAGCUGGGACUGCACGAGAGGCUGCAAAGGGCUCUCUUUAUAUUGAAGCACAUCCCUCUGGAAGCAAAAGACACGCAAACACACACUCAUGUACACAGGGUUUACUUGUAGCUUGCAGGUUGUAUUUAGGAUUUUGUUGCUGUUGUGGUGUCGUGGUGCUGUAGGAGGCCACGAGCUGUGUAGCAUGUCUUCAAAGCCAUGACUUAACGACCUGAGAGUAGAAAAAGCAUAACAACACACUGAGCUAGCUACUUUUCUCUCUUUCCUCUGAACCUUUAUAUAUAAAUAUAUAUAUGUUAUCAAUCAAACUGAAUAUUCAGCCACACGUCAGACACUAAAUGCUCCAAUGUUUACCUAAAGAUCAUUUGUGGUCGUAGUGGAUAGCGGUAACCAAUAUCUGGUGCGCUGUUGCCUUCUCGGGGCCGAGCACUAGCUGGAUGAGUGUUUUGAUCCUCUCAUGGAGCGUUGACGUUUUGCAAUACAGUUGUACCUUCGCCUUGGGUUGGUGGUGUGUGCGAUGGUGUCGUGUAAGUGGGUCUCGUUCUCUCUCUCUCGCUCUCACUGCUGUCAAAAUCAAAUGCAGCGAUUGAGUUGUUUUUUAUGGAGGAUUUUUUGUGCCAAAAUUAAAUAAAUAAAUACAUCAUUAAUUAAUUAAAA